CGCCCGUAGACGUUGCUACUCAGGCUUCAAGAUGGCGGAAGCCCUGACGACUCAAGAGGAGGUGUAAACCUCUUGAUGAAAUCUGUAUGUGGUACAGGCGGUGGAGGAGUUCCUGGCUGAGCUGAGGUGUCGGGAACAGUCUCACAAUGCAGAUCUUGUCAGUCAGAUGACAGCGGUUAAGUUUCUUAUGGCACGCAAGUUUGACGUUGCUAGAGCCAUAGACCUCUUCCAGGCUUACAAGAAUACCAGAAUAAAGGAGGGCAUUUACAAUAUUAACCCAAAUGAGGAAUCUUUAAGGAGUGAGUUACUGAGUGGGAAAUUUACAGUUCUGCCCGGCCGUGAUGCAAAAGGUGCAGCUUUGGCACUCUUUACGGCGCGUCUUCAUCGGCCAGACCUCACUACCCAUAAGGCUGUUCUUCAGGCCAUUAUUUAUCAGCUGGAUAAAGCAAUUGAAAGUGUUGAGACGCAGAGAGAUGGGCUCAUUUUCAUCUAUGAUAUGACUAACUCCACAUACGCCAACUUUGACUAUGAGCUUUGUGUCAAGAUUUUGAAUCUGCUUAAAGGGGCUUUCCCUGCUCGUUUAAAAUGUGUCUUCAUUGUGUCAUCUCCGCUGUGGUUCAGAGCGCCGUUUGCGGUACUGCGUUUGUUUGUGAGAGAGAAACUGAGAGAGAGGGUGUGCACUGUAAAAGCACACGAACUGGUUAAUCACAUCCCUGUCAGCUCCCUUCCAGAACAUUUGGGUGGCUCGUCACAUUAUAGCCACAUUGCCUGGAUCCAGUCCUGCGUCAACAACCCCAGUAACUCUCCCUAUGAUACUGAAGAUUGCUUGGGCAGCCUCCUCCGCUCCUACUUUGUGGAGCAUGGCCAGAACACCACCACAGACCCCUUAACUGCCAACCCUUCGGCCCACACAGGGGCAACUCUUUUGGGAGAUGGAGUGAACUUCAACUGCCCCAUUCUCGAUGAUGGUAAUGCCAAUGUGCAGAACCACAGGAAAGCUGGGCACGCACAUUGGAAUGGCGCUGUACUGCCAGGUUCAGGGGGCAUCACAGGGUCGAAUUCUAAUGUUGUCAAUGGGCGUGGCCGCCAGCCACCGCCACAGUCAGACACACCCCCAAACACACCCUUGCAUCAAAAACACACUGGUGCCAUAGUAACAGGAGUUGGGGCAGCUAUGGGUACAGAUGGAGUCAUGCCACCUUUGGAUGAGACUAGGCAGGAUGGCAACGGUGCUGAAGACAGCCAACAUGAUGUGGAGUUUCUGGAAGAGGGUGUGGAUGGAGGAGAUGGUGUUCCACCCCUCCCACUGAAAUCAAGGCCUCUGCCCCUCCAUCAUAGCCCCGUCCCCGAUAUGAGCUGGUUACCGGGAACAACUGCGGACAUUACAGCAUUGUCGGUGCAUAUAGCUGAGCCAGGUGGAAUGAACGUGCAGGAUCUGGUGCAGCAUGUGAAAUGCAAAAAGAAGAAAGGCAUUUACCAGGAGUACGAGGAGAUCCGCAAAGAACCUCCUGCUGGAACCUUUGACUACUCAAAGAAAUCUUCUAAUCAGAUAAAGAAUCGCUACAGUGAUGUCCUUUGCCUAGACCAAUCACGCGUUCGACUCUGUCCGCUCGAUGAAGAUGACGAGACUUGUGACUACAUCAAUGCAAGUUUCAUGGAUGGUUACAAAAGGAGUAAUGCUUACAUUGCUACUCAGGGGCCUCUGCCAAAAACGUUUGGCGACUUCUGGCAAAUGGUGUGGGAGCAGAUGGUUUUAGUCAUCGUUAUGACUACAAGAGUUGUAGAGCGAGGCAGAGUGAAAUGCGGACAGUACUGGCCUUUAGAGGCUGGCCGCACUGAGGAUUAUGGGCACUUUUUGGUGAGGAAUAUCGGUAUUGAGAUGUUUCAGGAUUUUAAGCUAUCAUACCUGGAGCUCUGCAACACUCAGACAAGAGAAUGUAGAGAAGUGUCUCAUUAUCUGUACAUGAGCUGGCCAGAUUUUGGUGUACCAAAGUCAGCGUCGGCCAUGUUGGAUUUCCGGGCACAUGUGAAGCAGAGACAAGAGUCUUCAUUACGAACACUGUAUCCUGAUUGGACAGGACCCCCAGGAGGCCCUCCAGUGGUGGUACACUGCAGUGCAGGCAUUGGUCGAACAGGCACGUUCUGUACUUUAGACAUUUGCCUUUCUCGUCUGGAGGAUAUCAGGACAGUGGACAUUAAGCAGACGGUGCGUCGGAUGCGGACGCAACGUGCCUUCAGCAUCCAGACAUGGGACCAGUACUACUUCUGCUACAAAGCAGUGAUCGAGUAUGCCCAACAGAGCGGCCUGCUGCAGCCCGUCGAGUGGUCCGACACAGAGCUGGAGACGGACAGUGAGUGAAUAAGAACACAAUUCGGUCGUGAGGUACAGAAGGAAAAGCCUCUCCUGGCCACAGGUAGACACCUCCAGCACCUCCAUGUUCAUUCUUCUCUGGUGAGGAAGAUGAGAAAAAGAACGGAGGAGCGGUGGAAUGUUUUGUCCUGCCACUUUUCAAGCCCUUUUUAAUCUGAUCUGGACAAGAUCAGAGACUGUGGCUUGGUGUAGCAUUUUUUUAAAUAGAAAUAUUGACUUGCACAUGUGGAAUGACAAACUUGAAAUAUCCAGUUUAUCGUGUUACCUGAUCUUUUUUUAUUACUUGCUCAAAGUGUUGUCUAAAUUCAAUAUCACUCAACAUGGAGUUACAUUCACACUUUUUGUGAAAAACGUAAAACUUGAAUUUUUUUUCCUUUUCCGUCACAUAAAAAUGGCAAAUUAUGUGUGUGUCAGAACAGGUUCCAACCAUUUGCUUUCCGUUGUGUGUGUGUGUGUGUGUGUGUGUGUGUGUGUGUGUGUGUGUGUGUACACUUCAUGGUUAAACUAACCUUCAAGCCAAAGGUAUGGUGUUGAAUGCUUGGAUGUAUCCAUAAUGAUCGUUAUGACUUAAACCCCUGUAUAUCUUGUAACAUACAUUUAUAUAUUGUGCAUAACCUUUGAAAAAGCCUUGUUUUAAUAUAAUACUCUUAACUUUGUUCAGAAGUAUGUGUAUCGAUAUAUACAUUUAUAUUAAAGAAUAUAUGAAUAAGUAUAUGUUGGGUUAGAACAAUAUGAAAAGUGGAUGAGGAAGAAAAACUUAUGCUAUAUAUGAUAUGUCUUGUUGACUGUUCCAGUCCUGCAGUUUUGAUUUCAAUCUGUCCUCUAAAUGUAGUCCAUGAUUAUCCAUCAACUAGCCUUAAUGCACAGCUGCCGUUCACAGUGCAUCUCAUAGCAGACACUAGACAAACCCAGUGCUAUACUAAAUAUCGUGGAUGGAAAGUCUGCAUCAUAAUCUGGACUUGGAGAAUAGUUUGAUGUCAACAGUUUGAGAUUCUCUAUGAAUGCUGGCCCUUAACCUUCAAUCACUGCCUUUCUCCCUCAAGUAUGAACAACUGAUCUUCUCUUUUUCUCUCUCUCUCUCUCUCUCUCUCUCUUCACUACGAGCCUGUCCCAAGUUAAAGUAUCCUGAUUUGCACGGACACUUAUUCUUUUCCCACCUUUACCUAAGUGUAAACACCAAAGUGUUCUGUACUGACAAGUAACUGUUACUUGUGAUUUGUGACAUUACUGAUGGUUUGUCAAGAAUGACUUGGGGUCUCGUGUGUGGAGUUCUGAGGUCUUUAAAAGCCUCAGUUUUGUGCCUUCAAGCUUUCCAUAGCCCAAUGUGUAGUUUCAGGCAAGGAGCGGGACAACUGUUCUUGCAUACAUGUAGGGAUUUUUUUUUUUUUUCAUCUCAGGGGUAUACUUGGUGUUUUCCUCAUCUCAAAACAGUUUUCUCUGCCUCUAGUAAUAAUCAUUUAAAAAAAAACAAUAUUUUUGGAUUUUAUACAGCAUCCUGUAUUAUAUUCUGUUUUAUUUAUGUCUUUGUUGAACUUCAGCAGUAUUGAAAUUUGAAUGUUGGUACGAAAAAAAAAAUAUGAACGGACAGACUAUUUUAAACCGAUAAGCUAAAGAAAUCAAACAGCAAAACAAAAAAAGACUGAUCUUGUUUUUUUUUUGUUUUUUUUCUUCAGUUCAGUGUGGAAUUAUGUUGCUCAGCAUUGUGUUGUGGGAGAUAAAUCCAUAAUUUUUUCCAGAUUCCUGUAGCAGACCCUUUUGCAUACUCUGUGGACUGUUAACGAGCCGAGGAUAACUGCAGCCAAAAGAAUGAAAUGGAUUGUCAUGGCUGCCACUAACUGUUUUUAACUUUUGCCAAUCAACAGAAAGAACCCUCCCCCUCACCCCCUCAAAAGAAAAGAACAAAAAAACAAUAAUAAAAAAAUAAGAACACAUAGGAUAUGAACUUGAAUGUUAUGAUUAGAUAAAUCAAUUCACAUUUUGGGAGAACUUUGGAAUGCUUUCUCCUUUAAUAUCUAUGCUUGUAUGAUGAUAGUGUAUGUGUGAAAGUCCCACUCACCUAAUGUUUACUUGUUGACUGACUUAUCAUAUGCAAGAUAGGGCUCAGUGUGCAGAACAUGCUUGACUGUUUUCUACUGCUGAUUCCUGAUUCCUGAAGUGGAAAACAAACACUGGUUUCUGACUUAUUAAAGGCAGUCGGGAAUGCAA